AUGGAAAACCAUUCGCAUCGCACACAAGCUAUUCAUUGGAUCCUGUGGAUCAUGCAACUUUGCGGGGUCUGGCCCUGGCCGCAUACGACUAAAAAAGAUUCCUACAUUCGGGUAUUUUUAAAAAAAAACUAUCGAUAUUUACUACACGUUCCAAUUACAUUCACUUUCAUUGGGCUAAUGUGGAUAGAAGCCUUUGUAUCAAGCAACUUGGAGCAGGCUGGACAGGUCCUAUACAUGUCUAUUACAGAAAUGGCACUCGUUAUAAAAAUUCUAAAUAUAUGGUAUCAAAGUGAAUCUGCCAGGCAACUAAUAACCCAUAUGCAACACUCGUCCGAGUAUGAGCUGCGAUCGGAGGAGGAGCACAGCAAUUGGCUACAUGAACAGCGCGUCUUCAAAUGUCGAUUCUAUUUAUACGUGUUUAUAAGUCUAGGAGUUGUCUACAGCAGCAGCAUAGGAGUAUUGUUUCUUAACGACUAUGUGCUUCCAUUUGCCUAUUUUGUGCCUUUUGAGUGGCAAAACGACCAGGGUUAUUUCUAUGCGUACGGUUACAACAUGGCUGCUAUGACGCUGACCUGCGUCUCAAAUGUGACCCUGGACACGAUCGGGUGUUACUUAUUGUUCCAUUUAUCGUUAUUAUAUCGAUUGAUGGGCAUGCGACUACAAGAGCUGAAGAAUGUGGACAACGAGGAUAAAUUUAGGCAGGAACUGCGGAUGAUCUUCACGAUGCAUGAUCGCGUACGCAGAUUAACUUUCAAGGUUCAGACACUCGUUUCACCCUACAUUCUCUCCCAGAUCAUUUUGAGUGCGUUCAUCAUAUGCUUUAGCGGCUAUCGUCUACAACACGUUGGGAUACAGGCCAGUCCCGGCCAGUUUAUAUCCAUGCUACAGUUUCUGAGUGUCAUGGUCCUUCAAAUUUUGUUGCCCUGCUAUUACGGAAACGAAGUAACGGUCUAUGCUCAUAAGUUGACCAACGAAGUCUACAACUCCAACUGGAUGCAGUGCGACAAACACACAUGCAAGUUGCUUAUUGCUUACAUGGAGCAUCUCAAGCGGCCUGUUAUAAUUCGUGCUGGGUAUUUCUUCGAAGUUGGUUUGCCUAUUUUUGUUAAGGUUGGUUGA